AGUAACAGUGAUCAGUCCUGGCAGUCUACUGAGAACAUUUGUCCACCAUGGAGGGCUCUGAUAAAACACAAAUGAAACAAACAGCGGAAACCAAGGAAGAUGUAAAAGCUUGUGAAGAGGCUUCUUCAGUUCAGAGCUCCACAGAAGACUAUGGCUCCUGUCUGAAGCGCACGAGGGGCUUCAUCCCGCCGGUGUACCGGAAUGAGCUCGUGCAACUUUUCAAACUAGCGGGACCAGUGGUCAUUUCCCAGUUGAUGGUUUUUAUGAUCAGUUUCGUCAGCACUGUGUUCUGUGGUCACCUGGGAAAAACCGAACUUGCAGGAGUAUCAUUAUCAAUUGCGGUUGUGAACGUCACAGGUAUUUCCAGCACCGGCUUGUCACUAACUUGUGAUACCCUCAUAUCUCAGACGUAUGGGAGCGGUAACUUGAAGCGUGUUGGUGUGAUUCUCCAGAGGGGGAUUCUGAUUCUGUUAUUGGCCUGUUUCCCCUGCUGGGCCAUCCUCAUCAACACUGAACCCCUUCUACUUGCUGUCAAACAGAGCCCAGAGGUUGCCAGUUUAUACAUUUUUUUAGUUUAUAUAAACUUGAUUAAUUUUUUGUUACUUCUUCAGGCCGCUUUUAUGUACCAGCUGCAAGGCAGGUAUCUUCAGAAUCAGGGAAUUAUAUGGCCUCAGGUUAUAACUGGAGCAAUUGGAAAUGUCUUCAACGCAAUUAUCAACUACGUCUUGCUCCACUGUCUGGAUUUUGCUAAAAGUGGAUCUGCAGCCGCCAAUGCCAUCUCUCAGUACCUGCUAGCUGUGGUCUUGUAUGUUUACAUCUGCUGGAGGGGCCUGCAUAAGGCCACAUGGGGAGGUUGGUCAAUGGACUGUCUGCAGGAAUGGGGACCCUUUGUCCAGCUGGCGAUCCCCAGUAUGCUCAUGCUGUGUCUUGAGUGGUGGAUGUUUGAAAUGGGAGGGUUUCUUGCAGGAGUGAUUAGUGAGGCCGAGCUUGGAGCUCAGUCCAUAGUUUAUGAGCUGGCUGUUAUAGCCUAUAUGUUCCCAUUGGGUUUCGCUGGUGCUGCCAGUGUUCGGGUUGGGAAUGCACUUGGAGCAGGAGAUGUAGAGCAGGCUAAGCUGUCCUCCAGAGUCCCCAUCAUCUGUACUUUCAUAAUCGCUUGUUUCAUUGGAGCUGGUCUCAGCAUCACCAGAAAUGUCAUCGGAUACAUUUUCACAUCAGAGCAAGACAUCAUACAGAGGGUCGCUGACGUCAUGAUCCUGUUUUGUUUCAUGCAUGUUUUUGAUGCAGUAGCGGGUGUGACUGGAGGUGUUCUCCGUGGUGUAGGGAAACAGCUAAUCGGUGCUCUGUGUAACCUGGUGGGAUACUACUUCAUCGGGUUUCCUAUCGGUGUGUCGCUCAUGUUUGCAGCAAAAAUGGGCAUUAUAGGUCUUUGGACGGGAUUUGUCGUUUGCGUGUUCAUGCAGUCCCUCUUCUUCGUCAUAUUAGUUUGCAAACUGGAUUGGAAGAAGGCUGCUGAAGAGGCUCUUGUGAGAGCAGGUGUGCAGGUCAACGAAGAAAAAGAGAUGACUGGGAUUGAAAGUACAGACUCCAAUCACAACCAGGCUGAGGUCAGUACGACUGAAUCCAUCUAUGAGAAUGCUGAGGUGGACAACAAGGACGCCGAGGUGCAUAAUCCAGAGCAGAAAAAGUCCAUUACCACUACAGUUGGAGAUGUCCUGUCUAUAACACAACUCGUUUUACGCCGUGGUUUGGUAUUGCUUCUCAUGGUGGUCAUCCUGAUUGUUGGAGUGUUCGCCAGUGAAUUCCUCAUCAAGCUGCUGAAGUGAGUCUGUCAGAUAUUUAAAACUGGCAUUCAGAGUGGUUGGUUGUCUAUUAGGUGAACUUCAUGUUCCAUAAGAUAACAAUGACUCACCUUGUAGUGUGAGAUGAAUACACAGAGGAUAAAUGCCUGACUGCAGUUUAGUGCUGCAUUUAGAGACCAGAACACAUGUAAAUGACCUUAUAGCCCCUCUGGGACUGAGGGAUGAAUGGGUGAUAAGAAAGUUAGUUCAGGUUCAGUUAUAGUUUAAGAAUAUGGACUGGAAGUCACGCAAAAAAAUAACAAGUUUGAAAAAAGAGAAUUGUAGUGUGAUAACUAUGUUGCUCUCUUUCUGUCAAAGGAGGGUGUUUGUCUAAAUGAUAGCCACAACACAUUUUAUAAAAGCUCAAGAAUUAUCAUGAUUUUGUUCAAGUCAGCUCAUUGAUAGAUGACCAAUAUCACUAAUUUAAAAGAAGCACUAUUUCACUAAUUCAACUUAAAAGAAGAAAUGCUACAUGCUUGUCUCCGUUUGUGUUCACAAUUUAUUUCGUUUCUCAGGUGGAGUUAAAAAGGAGAAAAAGCCUCGAUGGGUCAAUUUAAGUGUACCAGUUUGAAAUGUUUACAUACUGUGGAUCUGAUUAGAAAAUACAAAGGUGAGAAACUUCAAUGUGAUUCUAUUUAUAGGUUUUAAAGUAGGAAGAGAGUGACAUGUCACACACAUUGGAGAGAGUUUUUGGAUCUUUGUACCCAGGGCCGAUUUUCAGCCCAGCCUGCUUAAAUUCACAUCCUCUCCCUGGAGAUAUAUCAUUUUAGGCUCACUAGUAUAUAAAUCAGGAUCACUACUCUCCUCAACCUUGUUAUUCAAAGUUGAUCAAAACAAAUGUUUCUGCACUAUUCUAGCUCUGCAGAAUUUCUGAAGCUGUAGCUUUAUAUAAGUAACCUAUGAAUAGCUGAAAUAUAAUGUACUAUGACAUUAUUUUGUCUUGUAAUGCACUUGUAAAAAUGGCAGACAAUAUGAAAUUGUUAAAAAAUAAUCCAGAAUGUAAUUAAUUUCUGUGAUAGAGUACAUGGUCAUGCAGUGAAGACAUUCCUGCACUCCUACUGAACGCGCACACAAGAGUGCUGCACGGAAAUAAUUGCCAACUUUCAGACCUCAGAGAGCGCGUUUGUAAACUGAAAGCGUACAGAAACAGUUUGGUAAUCCAUGCCCACAGAACAUCAUUAUUUACUGUGGGUACAGUUUUCAAUUUUACUUUUUUUUCUGUCUUAACUGAGUCUUUGGGGUCUCGUGCAAAACAAACUAAACUCCCAUUUUGAAAAGUUUCACUUGGACUCAGUUAUUGCAACAAGACGCAGCAAAACCAAGAGAGAGUAGAAAUACUUUGGCAGCAAGAAGCUGAACAAAAAAAGACAAUUUGAAGUUUUGUAUAAAAGACGAGACAUUGCAUUGCAGCAAAUUAAUUCAAAGAGAUUUAACAGCAGUUAACUUUUUUUUUCUCUCUCUGGUCACCUUGACAUGUGAGGGGUACAGAGUGAGAAAGACCAAUCACCUUCUAGUUUCUUUGUCUUUAAUGACGAUCAUUAAUAUAUCUGGAGGGCAGGCUUAGUGAGAAACACUACAAGUAUCCCCAGGCCACUCGUGUGCCUCACACUUUGAGAAGUACUGGUCUAUAUAGUCUAAUAGAAAUACUGCCUGAAACUACAGUAUGAGUGCUUUCAGCUGACUUCCAUGGCAACCUCAGCCACACAUCUCCAGCCUAUGAUUCACUUGUAUCUCCUCGCACAGUGUACAUACAUGUGGUACCAAAGAUAAUGAGAUCCGUGUUGCACAGUGUGGCUUGCAAUAAACUUGUAAUAUUGCAAAAAUUGCACUGUGUGUCUGUACACACUCAAGGGCAGAAGAACUCUGAGAUGACUCAUUUUUACUUGAGGUUUUUGGAGAAUUGUUGUAAACAAAUGAUUGUAUUAUUUAUACACAGGCAGUAUAAAUAUAUAGAUGUGCAAAUUAAUUGUUUUAAUAGUUCUUGUGUUUCCCAGCAACACAAUCACCACUCAUUUAUAUGACUCAGAUUAAUGAGCAGCAUAUUGCAGCUAAAUACCAAGGACAGUAACCAAUGUAUAAACACCAUUAAUACUAAUGAAUCAUGUCAACAAUAUACUGUAAUUACUUUUUAUAAUGAGUUUUCUCUUCAUUGUCAUCUCUCAUUGUAAAGAAAUAAAUGAUUAAUAAAAAUAUGUUGGCUUUA